AUGGUAAAGAAGAAAAAUGAAAAGUGGCGGAUGUGUGUAGAUUUCAAAGAUCUAAACAAGGCCUGCCCAAAAGACUCCUUUCCAUUGCCACACAUCGACCAGCUCAUCGAUGCAACAGCAGGACACGAGUUGCUAAUCUUCUUAGAUGCCUACUCGGGUUACAACCAGAUCCUCAUGGAGGUAGAAGACCAGGACAAAACUACUUUCAUCACUCACCAAGGAACGUACUGCUAUAAGGUCAUGCCGUUCGGACUAAAGAAUGUAAGAGCGACGUAUCAGAGAUUGGUCACCAAGAUGUUCAAAGACCAACUCGGUAAAACAAUGAAAGUCUACAUCGACGACAUGCUGGUUAAGUCUAAGAGGAAAAAAGAUCAUAUCGAUCAUCUGAAGGAAGCCUUCAACAUAUUAAGGCAGUACGACACGAAACUAAACCCCAAAAAAUGCACUUUCGGCGUAACCUCGGGCAAGUUCCUCGGUUUCCUGGCAGAACCAGGCGAAUGCCUCCUUGUCUAUCUAGCCGUCUCCGAAGUCGCGGUAAGCGCGAUUUUGGUCCGUGAGAGCAAAGGACUGAAAUUGGCCCUCAAAUAUGGUGCACGACGAGUCGUCCUCCACUGUGACUCCCAACUUAUCGUAAACCAAGUUACUGGGACUUUCCAGAUCAAGGAGCAGAGGCUACGGAAAUACCAGACUGAAAUCCACAAGCUGCUACCAGAAUUCGAUGAAUGCUGA